CGACGGACUAUCAUCGUAUCUCAAGCACAUACUCGAAAUUAAAUGGUGUCAAGGAAGAGCCGAAAUUCACUCCCUGAAAUGUUCUCCCUAGAAUGGGGAUCGACCAGUAACCUUUGUGUUUGUAGUGCGAUUCGCUAACCACCACAUCCAUGACCUCCCACUCAAAGGCACGGCUGAAGCCCAACAAGAAGACGCCGAUUAACCGCUCCACUCACAGCAAUUCAUUUCUGUCAGCAUGGGAAAAUCAUCGAGUAAAGUAUCAUUCUCUCCAUCAUGUAAGUUAUGUGAAGAUAGGAAGGUUAGUAAACCGGAACCCAGUACAUGGAGCUGCAAAGAGUGUUGGAUAUUGAUGUGUGACAGUUGUAAGCAGAAUAUUCACCCUGAGAUGAUGCAUCCAGAAACACAUACCGUUAGAGAAAUUGGAAAAGUAGAUGAUGAUUCAGCCGUAAUCUCGUCGGUUGUGAACACAUACAAAACAAAAUCUAAAAACAUUAUGAAGGUGCUUUGUUCAAACGAUGACAUUCUUUAUUAUCGCCACUAUAAUUCAGAAAAGUCGGAAAUUAGUGUCGUAAAGUCGAAAAUAUCGAAAUCAAUGAAAAUAUUACAAAAGAUUGCCAUUGAAUGUACUGACAUUGCCCUAUCAUCUACUGACGAAUUAUUUUUUUCACCUGCGCAGUCGCCAUCUGAGCUAAAAACAUUUGCGAAAUCUGGUGAAAUUAAAACUCUGCUGGAUGUCUCUCCAAUGGACAUAUUCUGUAUCCAUGUAAACAAAGAAAAUGAGCAAAUACUUGUUUUGGUUGAGCAGUCGGAACCGUACAAUCAGACCAUUGCUGUUUUUGGUACAGAUCAUGAAAAGAAAGUAACAAUUGACAAUAAAAGUAAAAUCUUUAAUAAAAUUCUUCGUAUCGUUUGUGAUUCCAGAAAUCAAAUGUAUGCAAUUGAUGAGAAAGCCGAUGAAGAUGGCAAUAGACGCGUGGUAUCGUUUGAUAUGGAAGGCAACAUAAUAUUUAGUUAUGAUGGAUGUGAAAGAAUAAAAACUGAUUUAUUUACACCAACUGAUAUCGUUGUAACUGCGGAUGACAAUAUUAUAAUUGCAGACAUGUUUAGCAAUGCUUUACAUGUGCUGAAUACUGAGGGAGAAUUAAUUGCGUUACAGAAUACCAUGGAAUAUGGGAUAGAGAUGCCAGAGAGUCUAAGUAUAGAUAAAGCAGGAUAUCUACUGAUAGGUUGUGAUACAUGUACAGUUGAAAAAUACAAAGACUUUGCAAAUAUAUACAGGGUGAAAACAUCAGAGAACUAUCUAUAGACGAUUCUUUGGAGGACAUGAUUUUGUAGAUGUUAUAGCAUUAGUUACAUUUGAACAUUUAUGUUAAUUGGCAUAACAAAACGGAGAACAUGGCAUGAUAAUGGAAUCAAAUAGUAAAUUUGAGCUUCUGGGUGAUAACUGAAUGGACAACCUUACAUGAUAUUGGAAAUAAACAGUAAAUGUGCGCAUUGGAUGAAAACUGAUGAGCUGUCAUGGAAAUGGAAUAAAAACUAUAGAUACAAUUCAAGCAUAGCGACCCCUUACUCUCUAUUGGUCGUCCGCUGAACCGAUGAUGUACAACCAUACAUGGUACAAACAGAUAUGGAAAAGAGCCAACAGAGAUGAAAUUCGUGGUGGUUUGAACCUAUCUGUAAACCUGUAUGCAUAUCGGCCACAUUUUGUGUCAUUUCAAAUAAAGGACCUAAAAGAUUAUUGAUCAGAGAGUACCGGCAACAAAAAUUAAAAAUACAAACUUCACCCAACAUGCCCAACCUCAGAAAGUUAAAAAAAAAAUAAAACGUCUUAUUAGAAUGAAAUACAGACACAUUCAAACUAUCAAAGAGAACAGAGAGAACAAAGAAGAAAUGAUCAAUUUGUUAUUCCCGGCAUAAAUUGACCGCAUGUUCGGCCAUACACAAUCUGAAGUCUUACUUAUUGCUGAUGACAUUCCAUUUGGGGAGAAUUAUGCGACGCAAAAUAUAUAGACCAAUAGAAUUAGAAAAUUGUUAUUUCAUUGUUGAUAGAUUUCAAUCAAUAAAAAGCAAUGAAUUUCAAGA